AACGGUGCCAGACUCUUUUCAGCGGUGCCCAGUGCUAUGACGACGAGCAGUAUCGACGCACUCACCCACACAAAGCGGUCGCCCGAGGGCCCGGCCCUCAGCGGGCGGCGCCGCGCUGGCCCGCCCCGCUCCCGCCGCAUGCGCGGCCGCCGCUGCCGCCAUGGCGGGCGCGCUGGGCGGCAUGUUCGGCUCCCAGGCGCCGGGGCCGCCGCCGCCGGGGCCGCCCGGCCCGCCCGGCCUCAUCCCGCCGCCCGCGGGGCCGCGCAACCCCAACAACACGCUGGUGGACGAGCUGGAAGCGUCCUUCGAGGCCUGCUUCGCUUCGCUGGUGAGCCAGGACUACGUGAACGGCACGGACCAGGAGGAGAUCCGCACCGGUGUUGACCAGUGCAUCCAAAAGUUUCUGGAUGUUGCAAGACAAACUGAAUGCUUUUUUCUACAAAAAAGACUGCAGCUGUCAGUCCAGAAACCUGAACAAGUAAUUAAAGAGGAUGUUUCAGAAUUAAGAAAUGAAUUGCAGAGAAAAGAAGCGUUAAUUCAGAAGCAUUUGAGUAAACUGCGACACUGGCAACAGGUCCUGGAAGACAUCAGUGUACAGCACAAAAAGCCUGCAGAAAUGCCUCAAGGUCCAUUAGCUUACCUAGAACAAGCAUCUGCGAAUAUUCCUGCUCCAAUGAAGCAAACAUAAUCUUCAGUUUUACACAGCUGAAUAUUUUAAAAGCAAUGGUGUUCUUUGUACGCUUUUUGUAUAAUGUAAUUUGUACUACAAUGUAGUUAAAACAGUUAAGCCAAAUAGAUUAUCUUCUUUUUUUUCUUUUCUUUUAUUACAGAAAUAUGGAUUGGUUUUAUGUCUCACUGGAAAGUAUUCAGAGUUGCUGUUCAGGGUGUUUUCUGGAGAAGUGUGUCUCCCAGAAUGUAGCCUGUUCCUUCUAGAGAGGGUGUCCCUUGCUUUCCCCUCUGUCUUUUUGGUAUGAUCAAAAUACCUGCAAAGAUUAGUGUUUGAUCUUACUGGAAUAUUUAAAAGUUUUGUGAUCUAGUCAUUAUCCUUGAGUACCACUGCAGAAACACCCUUAGAAUUGUCUGUAUGUAGGUCAGAUCACUUUUUGAAGUCUCCACCAGACUGACUCACCUCAUGGAAGGUGUCCUGGGAUAUGCAAAUUUGUUUCCUAUAGGAUGAAUUGAAAUGGAAAAAUGCACACAAAAGGGUGGGAUUUGUAAUGCAGGCCUCAGGUUACUGAUGUUCUGAUUCUCAGGCUACUGAAGAGGUGUUCCAAAAUACCUAUCCCCAAAAUAAAGACCACUCACUGUGGAGGUAGGAUCAUCACCACUGUCCAGUAUACAGAAUUACCUUUUAUUGCAGUGCUCUACUUAGGAAGUUGAAUGUAGGCAAGAAAGAUUUUGGAAGUAGAAAUGGCAAAAGAAUCCUGUCUGUGUAUUACUAAGCAACAAAUUUAAUUCAUCCAUAUAACCACUUUUCUACACACAUAUUUUUGGGGACAGAGUGGAUUAAUUAAUUGUGUAAGCCUGGAAAUAAGAAUUGGUAAUUGUGUAUUGAAAUUUCUAGUGUUCUUGGGGCAGCAUGGAUGAAAAGUAAUGAAAACAGCUCAGUGCAUUUCCAUUCUCACAGAUGCCAAGGUACCCAUCAGUGUAUCUCUUUCUUGAUUACAAGUAUGAAAAGUGCCUUUUUGCCAAAUCUACUGCCAAAGUUUUUUUUUUCCAACCAAGCAGUUCCUCUUGGAAAAAAUCCUAGAUAACUGGGAUGAAAAGUAUUGGUACGUAGAAGUGUUCUGCCCUUCUUUCUACUUUUGCACCACCAGUGAGAUGCAGUGGCUGUUUUGUAUGAAAUGUUUGCAUUUGUUGGUAUAGCUUUUGCUGGCUGUUGGAUUUAAGAUGUUUAGGCUACCUCUUUGCACAUGUAAAUUUUUUUUAGGUAGGUGGGCCCUGAUGGUUGAAACUAAAUGGGGAUUCAAAGUAAUUGAAGAAGAACUAUCCUGUCUUAAACAGCAGGCUGCUGGGUUGUGCAUUUCCCUGCCUUUCACAGUUACUGGGUUAAUUGCCCAAGAGUCAGCUUCAUGGGUUCUUUCCUGCCAGCAAUGAAUUAGCAUGAUCUAAAAUAAUAUAGUCAUUCCCUCACUUUGCUUUUAUGUGGGCAUAAAACUACUAUGGAGUUAAAAGGUACAAGGGUGCAAUUGCCAUCACUCUGGAACUCAGUGUACAAGUCUGACUUACUUGAGCAUAACAUUGAACUCUUCUAAAAAACAGAGAAAUUGGAUAAUUUACAAGCUUUAAUGUUUAUACUUACACAUCAUCCUAAUUUAUCAGGCUGAUACAUAUGUUGAAAUUCAGUAGGAAUAUUACACAGCAAUGCUGACUAUACAAAACAGUUUAUGAAGCAAACGAGAAAUUAUUUCUAAACCAGCCUGCUAUAAACAUGCUAUUUUUGAAGGUGUACCACAUGAUGUACAGCUUAAAAUUCAUUUAACAAAAAGCAUUAAAAACUUUUAAAAUUACAGUAUUAUAUGCAGAACUUACUUUGAACAGCUGAUGAAGCAAGCAUAUAAAUGUACAGAAGGAAGAUCGAUUUUCAGCUGGUGCCAAAUUGACAGAACGUAUCAGAGUCCAAAUUCUGUAUUUAAUGAAAUUGUGGAGUGGUACAGUCUCUUGAUUAAAAAGUCUUUUUGCAUAA